GGAGAUCAGUUUCUGACAGCGUCAGAAUCGCAGAUCGCAUUCGUCAAUGGCCGAACGAAUCACCAACGAUUGCACUACAACCGAUUGUACCAUUGGGCAUCAUAUUCUCGUCAGUCAUUGGUCGGUGUAGUGUUUAUAUCCAACCGCGUUCGACCAAAACACAAAACUCAGCGCAAAACCAAACGAAAGUAAACAAUUGAAAGGGCGCAAAGUCGCAACCAGCUUGUGGGUGACAAUGGAGAAGCAAGAAAUAGACAUGGCGCAUACAUUCCUCACGGACCAAAGCUACAUCAUGACGUCGGAGGACAUCGAAGACGCGGACGAUGCAUUAGCAGCAGAGAAUACAGACGAUUCAAAUCAUGAAGAUCAUAAACUCGGUGUGCCGUUGCGCGAACAGGACCGCUUCCUGCCAAUCGCCAAUGUUGCGAAGAUCAUGAAGCGUGCCAUUCCCGAAACCGGAAAAGUAAGUAGCACCAACAAAAUUGCGAAAGACGCACGCGAAUGCGUGCAGGAGUGCGUCUCGGAGUUUAUCAGUUUUAUCACAAGCGAAGCGAGCGAACGGUGUCACACCGAGAAGCGAAAAACUAUCAAUGGUGAAGAUAUUUUGUUUGCAAUGCAGGCGCUUGGAUUUGAUAAUUAUGUUGAGCCACUAAAGUUAUAUCUUCAAAAGUUUAGAGAUGCUUCAAAAACAGAUAAAACUCUUUCAUCACCUGACAUGGCCUAUGAAGAAAUUGACGAGUCAUUUAAUCAAACAAUAACAGGCACUUUAAUGCCGGAUUCGGCAAAUGGAGAAACUGUUAUCUACACAUAUCAAGACAACAAUUUGCAUCAAUUCCAGCUAGGAUAAAAUCCAUCAAAUUAGCUUAGGUCUCUUCUUAUGCAGAAAUAUUUUAAUUCUAUUAGAAUAAGAUUAAUUUAUAUUAAGUUUUUUGUUCUUUAAUAAAAACUAGCUUUGAUAAUACUAUUAAUAUUUUACUCUACACUGAAAUUGAAAUGUAUUGUGAGGAGUAUUUUAUGGGCGAAUUGUAUGCAUACAGUAAAUUUUAAGUAAAUUAUACUUAAUUUUA